AAAAGUUGGGAAGGAUCUGCUUCGUCUAGAUUACUGGCUGAUGUUCAUUAUUUUAUCGAAUGGGUGGACUCUCAGUCUUCAACAGAUUUUUAUCAAAUGGAAAGAGCUUUGAAAAAUGGCGAGAUCCAUACACUUACAUCAUCAGUUUGGACGGUUAUUCGUAAUCAAAGGAGGUCUUCGUGCCCUUGGUAUCACUCGUACUUAAAUGUGAAUGGUGUUGGCGAGAAAAUUUUUAUGAAAAAAUUAGCAUAA